AUGGCCCAGCACGGCAGGAGUGAGAUUUGCGGCGUCUCUCUUGGCUGGAUCGAGCGUGAGAAGGAGCGGUGGGUUUGCUGCAAAGAACUCAAGGACAGAAGACUGCACAAAUCGAAUGUUCAGAAAAGGGCGGAGUUUUUGAAUCUGCGGCUCCGGGCGGCUUCAGAAGAAGAAGUAGCUGUAUUUAAGAAAAUCGGAUCGAUCGCCUCGCACCGCUGCGGUCCACUGCUGCACGAAGAUGACAUUAUGUUUCUGAUAGAAUCCUGCGAAUCCUUUCCUGUUUUUCUUGACUCUUCGUUAGAGAGCCAGAACAGCCCGGAGAAAAGAGAUUUGCCGCUUCCAAAAGAAGGAAAAAUCGCGAAAGCCGAAAUUGAACCCGAAAAAGUCGUCAAAAGCGAAGAAAAAAUGGCUGCAAAGAAAAGAGGCAGAACGCCAAAGAAAAAGCCAAAUAGCGAGGAAAUCAAGAAAGCUGAAGAAAUCGAAAAACUGUCCGAGAAGUGUCCGAUUUCCGAAGAAAAUCCGGCUCCGCGAAAAAGACCAAACAGAGCAUCGAAGAAAAGCUACCAUGAAUCAUUGAGCGACGAAUCGCUAAUCGAAGAAAUGAGCCGUUCCUCCUCUCCAGAAAAAGAGCCAAGUUCAGCUCAAGAAAACCAGUCCAAAACGGCGAAGAAUCGAAAGAAAGUCGGAAGACCGCCGAAGAAAUCAAAAGAUCCGCCAGUAAAAGAAUCGAGCGCUGGAAGACCGAGUCGAACUCCGAAGAAAAACUAUCAGGAAAGCGACGAAUCGCUUGUAGACGAGGAUCUUCUGCCAGGACUUUCCCCAGAAAAGGAGAAAACUUCAAAAGAACCGGCGAAAAAGCGAAAUAGCAAGAAAACGAAAGUCGAAAGCACUUGCUUUCCUUUGGCACUUUCCUUGGAAAAGCCAAGUUCAGAAUCAGAAUUAUCAGCAUCAUCUCAAGACUCCGCGAAGCCGCCUCAACAUCAAGAAAAAAUCAGCCCAAAAAGCAACAGUCGAAAGCCGCGAAUAAAAUCGAUUCGCUCUUCAAUCCUCCGUCCCCCGAACUUGACCAUCACCGACCUGGGCAGAAUCGAGUUCUCGGAAGAAAUGCUCAAAGCCGCCAAGCUGUGGAAAUCGCCCAAGAAGCUCCUGCGCGAGCAGCUGGAAGUCGAGCGCCUCGCCCGCCAAGCCAAGAGAAUUCUAGAGCGAGAAAAGAAACAGGCCGAAAAAGAGGCGAAGCGAAUCAAGAAAGAGGAGAAAAUCAACAAGGACUUGUCUCUCAAAAAAUCGCCAGCACGGCCAGAUCGUCUGCGACAAUCGAUAAAAGCGCCAGACAAAUCGCUGCCUUACGAAAAGAAGGGAGAAGUGGCGAAAACUAGAAUAAAGAAAUCCGCUAAUGGAAAAAUCACAAAAGACCGAUCUUUGACGAAAAAGCGCAAAUCUUUCCCCGAAGCGCCAAAAAGCAUGCCACCGCCUCCCGAGCCAGAACAGCCACAAGUUCUGGGCUGCGUGACGUUCAAAUCGGGCGAUAACAUCAUCCGAAGAUCUCCGAGAAAGUUGCCGGAAGCGGCGAAAACCGCGGUGAACCAGCAAACUGGGGUGAUUCCUUAUGCUUUUGCAGCGCUGCUGGGAAAUACUCAUGGAGUUAUUCCAGCUGGCUUGACGGAAAAACACUUUUUGAGCUAUCGGCCUGCAAUGAAGCGCGCCUCGAACCACUGGCUAGAAGAAAUCGAUUCGGGCUUGGACUCGACAGACGAGCUAGCUGCCCUGCAAGUUCUGCUGAAUCAAAGUCAGAAGGAUGCAAAGCGAGUGCGAAAGCAGCAUAAACCAGAGCGCAAAAAUGCUAAAUUGGAGAGCAACGAGCUUUCUGACAACAAAAACGGCUCCGAAGGCGGCUCAACUUCGGGAGACUCGGGCCGAGAAACUCCCACGACCGCCGGGGACGUUUUCAAACCUUUUUCACUUCAGGAAUGGCUCGAAGAAAUUACAGCGGGCAAUCUCAAAGAAGGCCCUGUCGCUCCGAUCUCAAAGUGA